AAAUUCCCAGAAUAUUUUGGACUCAAGGGCGUGCUCGAGAAACCCUCCGUCGGCUCAACACGCAUCCCCUCCAUCGCCUUCUGCGUCUUCCAGCUCAUGUUCGCCGCGAUCACGCCCAUGCUCGCGAUCGGUGCGUUCGCGGAGCGUGCGCGGCUCGGGCCCGUCAUGGUCUUCGUCUUCGUCUGGUCCACGAUCGUCUACGACCCGAUCGCGUGCUGGACGUGGAACGCCUCCGGCUGGUCCUUCAUCCUCGGCGGCCUCGACUUUGCCGGGGGCACGCCCGUCCACAUCUCCAGCGGCACUGCCGCGCUUGCGAUCUCCAUCUACCUCGGCAAGCGCAGGGGGUAUGGCACGGAGCGCCUCGCGUACAAGCCGCAUAAUACGAGCUAUGUCGUGAUCGGGACGGUCUUCCUGUGGUUCGGCUGGUUCGGAUUCAACGGCGGCAGUGCCCUCAGUGCGAACCUCCGCGCGGUGCAGGCGUGCAUCGUCACCAACUUGGCUGCGUCUGUUGGCGGUCUUACCUGGAUGCUCUGGGACUACCGCCUCGAGCGCAAGUGGUCGACGGUGGGCUUCUGCUCGGGCGCGAUCGCCGGGCUCGUCGCGAUCACGCCGGGGUCCGGGUACGUCGGCUCGCCCGCGGCGGUGCUGUUCGGGUUCAUGGCGGGGACGGUGUGCAACUUCGCGACGCAGCUCAAGUUCUACUUCGGGUACGACGACUGCCUGGACAUCUUCGCGUCGCACGCGAUCGGCGGCGUCGUCGGGAACGUGCUCACGGGGCUCUUCGCGCAGGCGAGCGUCGCGGGCUUCGACGACAUCGCGGCCAUCCCCGGCGGCUGGCUCGACCACAACUACAUCCAGCUCGGGUACCAGCUCGCGGACUCCGUGUCGGGCAUGGCGUACUCGUUCGUGAUGACCACCGCGAUCCUCUGGGCGAUGCACUUCAUACCGGGCCUGCGCCUGCGCGCGUCGGAGGAGGCGGAGAUCCUCGGGAUCGACGAUACGGAGAUGGGCGAGUUCGCGUAUGAUUAUGUGGGCUUGGACUUUGUCGCGGGCGGCGCGAAUGGCGGGUUCCACGACGACGUGCGCGAGGACCGCGGCGCGAUCGCGGGCGGCCGCGAGCCCCAGCAUAGUAAGCUCCAUAUGCAUGACCAGGGCGUGGAGGUGCAGGAGCGCGGGGCGGCGCCGGGCAACCACGAGAGCGCGAGCGCGAGUACGGUCGACGAGAAGGCGCAUUCGUAGAUCUGGGAUUCGGCUCUGGUGUUUGUCUUGCUUGGAUUACGGUAAUGUGGAGGUAGAUGAGGCGGUGGUGCAGCGGGAGGGCUGAAGAAGACAAAACGUCGUCGUUCGUUUCAUAUAUAUCCGUAUCUCCGAGAGCUCGUCUGUUCAUUUCGUAUUCGUAGUCUAUGGCAUACUGCGCACACUCUGUCUCCGCUACCUAGAUACAUAAUGUACACC